AAAUAUUUCUGUAUAAACGUUAUGCUAUCUCUUACGGUUGCCAGUGAUGAGAACAGUUGAUUUCGAGAUGUUCUUUUGUAUUUUACGUGGACUUUGAAUUUCUUGAUUACCGUGUUCAAAUGUGUACUUAUUGUAUUUAGUCUAAAACUAAUGACCUAUUUUUGUACGAAUUUCCAUACAGGUAUAGGCUCUAAUAUGAAUUUUAUUAUUAUUUAUAUCAAUUACAAACACUUAAACUUCGAACACUUCACACGCAUCGUUGAACAAUAACCGUGUAGAAUAGAAACUAUGACCGAAUAUUGUUGUCUCGUAUUUACCUAUAGGUACGUUAUUAUUAUGACCGAUAACGGUAAUUAAUAAUAAUGAUUGGAAUAAAAAUUAAGUCACGUUGAAUGUGUAUUAGUUUUUAUUGGUAUUUUUGUGUACGCGUUUAUAUAUUUAACGACUGUGUUGCAUGCAUUAUUACAUUAAAAUAUGUUAAGCUGCUAUUAGCCAAUAUUUACGAUCUGUGGAAGUGCGCGUGCGCGCGUGUGUUUAUUAUAACACGAUUUUCCCAAUAAUUACAGCAGUUAAAAUAUUAUAAUGUUCUUAUCUAUUGGAAUACCGAAGUAAUAAAACCACCUAGGAAGUCAUAUUCCACUAGUUACGUGCGGGCCUGCGAGAAUUAUAUCGAUGUGGGCACGGUACAGGAGAACGCCAAAGACGGCUGGCUGCGGCGGCGGCAUUCGGUUUAUCGCGACCGGCAUCGGCUUAUCUGAAUGUCAAUGUCCAAAGACGGUUUAUUCCACCUUCUUCACUCAUCAUCUGGUCUUCUCCCACCCACAGGCCGGCGUUAUCGCUUCGCCCGGCUCGUCCGUCGACACCGUUGUUCGCGAUUCGUUCGAGAAAGUCUCGAGUCGCGAACCGACCGUUUACCCACAUUCGCGGUACACAACAUUUUGAUAAUAAAUUACUGUAAUUUUCCGUUUUCGUCGCCACUACCAACCCGGUAAUAUUAUACAUUAUUCCUGUAAAAGUAAUUGUAGGACAGCGAAACCAUAAUGGGACAUUCACUGCGAUUGAUCACAUACCUGGUGCCCAGCCACCCCGUUGAGUUGUACGAGUGCAUCGCCCAUUUCCUGGAAGAACAGCUUCACGUCAGCGCGACGCUCGUCUACGAAUCCAGAGACCCCAUCGACCUGUACAACGACGACCGUCCCGAUCCUUUUUGUCUAAAAGAAGUGGACAUAGGUUUUUUGAGCCCGACGCAUUACCUAAAGAUGAAAAGGUCGAAAAAAAUUGAGUUGCUGCCGAUUACACCUGUGUUCGUUCAUCCCAAGAACACGGCACAAAAACAGGGAUACUACGCGGACAUUAUUAUGCACACGGAUGUCGAGAAAAACGUUAAGUCAUUUCUGGACCUGAGAGGCUGCAAUUGGGGAUACACAGGAGACAAUUCGCUCAGCAGUAGCCUCACCAUGCAGAAGUUGCUCAGGGCUCAUGGCGAAAACUCGUCGUUUUUCGGCAACACGAUAAAGACCGGAAAUCAUUUGUUGACAGUAGAGAAGGUGCAAGAUAAACAAGUUAUGGCCGCAGCCGUUGACUCAGUGGCCUUUUACAAUUACAAAAAUGUUUUGCACAAGGACUCGGACGACAUAAAUAUUUUGCAAAGUGUCGGGGCGCUGCCUCCGUACGCGAUCGUCUGCGGAAAAAACUUAAACGGAGAUCUGAAAUCGAAAAUUGUGAACGCCUUGUCGAAAGCUACGAUUACUAAGCAAUGGAAAGACAAGUUUGAGAAGUUUGGUUUAAUCAAAUUCACGGAAAACUCUUCCGACGCAUACACUGAACUAGAAUUCAACGAGCCUCUGGACGGAAACGGAUUAUCGUCGGUCUAUUAUUGAAGAGACGACAGUACGCGUAAAAUAAUUCCAUCCUAAUAUUAUCGCCGAACUACUUCCCUAUUAAUAAUCAUCGUUGGACCUAUUAAGUCUUUUAUAUAUAUAUUAUUCCACUUUUCAGAGAAUUUGAGUUAAAUUAUUUAUACUAAAUUAUACAUAUUAUAAUAUAUACUAUUAAAAACUUAAAUGUAUAUUAUAAAUUAAUUUGGUUUUGUUGUGAUAUGUUAUUUAUAAUAUUAUACAAAUUUUAAAUCGGCAA